ACGUCAGACAGCAGUGCUGAAAAGGGGCUCUCACAAAGGCAAAAGAAACUCGUCGAAAAGAGAAAAAAGAAAGCAGCGUUAGCGAAAGCAGAGAGUGCGGGAAAGAUAGCCUGAGCCGAACCCCAAAAACCCACGGACUAAGCAAGCCCAGCCCCAAACUAUAAUAGUGGACUGGAUUAAACUCAUCUAACGGUGAACCUUUCGGCCACUCGUCCAAAUUAAAACUCCUUUCCUAUUUUUUGGAUUGUACGAGCGAGCGUCCCGCAACGCCCCACCAACAAAAGCUUCUUCAUGAUGUCGUCGGAUCAACAGUUCUUUCUGAAAUGGAACGAUUUUCAAACGAAUAUGGUGACCUCGUUCCGUCACUUGCGUGAUGAGAAGAGCUUCACAGAUGUAACACUCGCCUGCGAAGGCCAAACCUGCAAAGCCCACAAAAUGGUGCUCUCCGCUUGCAGUCCUUACUUCAAAGCGCUGUUAGAGGAGAACCCAUCAAAACAUCCAAUCAUCAUCCUGAAAGAUGUCUCCUAUAUUCACCUACAAGCUAUUCUAGAGUUUAUGUACGCCGGCGAGGUGAACGUGUCCCAAGAACAAUUGCCAGCAUUUCUAAAGACCGCCGAUCGCCUCAAAGUGAAAGGCCUGGCAGAGACACCCAGUUCAAUAAAGCGGGAGGGUUGAUGGUAUUAAUAAUAAUAACAAAACCCUAAAAGAAAAACAACAAAAAAAUUAUAAAAAAGAUAAAAAAAAAACCAAGAACUAUAAGAAACUUAUAUGUAUGCAAAAAAAAAACGAAAUUCCAAAAUUACGAGAACGACAUUUGAUAUAAAAAUUUUAUGUAAAAGUGCACGAGGAAGAACAACAAACAGACCACACCACACACACACACACAAAGCUGACAGUUAAAAAUGAUUAGCCUGUAAAGUAAUAGCGAUGGAUGGUCGGUUUAAGGACCCAUCUGCUCACUCCCACACCAACUCAUACACAUCUGACCUUCCAGAAUUUGCAAACAUUUUUUGAAAAAAAGCACCCAAUUGAUUUGAAUUGUGUAUUCGUUUAAUUUCUGCAUAAAAUAGUUUGUAAUAUAUAUUUAACAAUUACGAAAAACAAAAUCCAAUCCAAUCUGUAUAAAUGAAAGAGUUAUGGACAGCCCUAACAAACAAAAUAUAAAACUUAAAAAAAAACAAGCAAAAA